AUGAAAGGAGAAAGAGUUGUCUGCACUGUUCAAGGAUGUCACCGCAGUUAUAGCACCCAGGCUAAUUUGGAAAAGCAUUAUGAAGCAGAGCAUGGCAGCGUAAGACGAUAUCAAUGUGAAAUUUGCAAGCAUUAUUUAUCAUCUAAGCAGAAUCUCAAUGAACACUUGCUUAAGCAUACAGGAGAGAAACCUUUUGUCUGUAAAGUCCUCGGUUGUGGGAAAAGCUUCAGGCAAGGGAGCCAACUCUCUUUGCAUAAUAAAAUGCAUCGAGAAGUUGAAAUGAGGCUGAAAGACUUGAAGUAG